UGUUUGAUCGGUUUGGGAUCUAAUGAAUUUGGAGGGCAGGUCAACACCUUGUGCUUUGAGUUGUUUCUGAACAAUUUUUGUGUGUGUGUCAGGCUGCAUCCUGGCUGCUAACAUGUCUAAGUAACACUGGCAUGAUUUCUUGGUUGAGUAGUGGAUGUUGGCAGGCUACUGAUGGAGACCUCAGAUGAGGCUCCUAGGACACCCGGGAAUAGGUGGAGAUGAAGAGGAAUUGGGUGGCGUAGUAAACGUCCUGGAGUGAAUCUAAAGAACAAAGACAUUGGAUUGACUGGCUCAGAAGAAUAUAGGCAGACACUGAGGAGCACUGGAAAAGACGUGGAGAAUGAGGUGAUGGUGACAGUGGAAGACGUCAGGAGUUGGAGCGGCGGGAACAGCCUGAAAUCACCUCAGAGGAGGGGAAACAGAACUUGCAUACAGGAGUCUUCCUCUUGCGAAGUCAAGAAAGGUCUGGACGUGUCAGACCUUUCUAGAAGGCAGAGCACAGGUGCUAUAUCUGGCAGCGCAGCCCCCCGGCAGGCCGCUCACAUAUCAAACCAAGCGGAGGAGCAGUAAGGGAAAGCAGCUGAACAGCUCCUGUGUCAUUCACACAACUUAAAAUGACAGAAACCGAAAGACCUGGUCCAGAGGCCAAAAGUAAACCUAUGGCCUUCCGAUCCCAGAAGGAGAUGUUUGAGAAGAUGGAGGAGUCGUUCAAAGUGUGUGCUUCCUGCGAGAAGCGGCCAAAUGAACUUUCAAACCCACAGAGCCUGAAGCGCUGUGUCAGAUGUCUAAAUGUUUACUACUGCUGUAAAGACUGCCAGAAGAACGACUGGCCCAAACACAAGAAGUUCUGUCCACAGCUACGUUUAGCCGCCAUUGAUAGAGCUGUGGAGUGGCUUUUGGUCAAAGGAGACCUUCCAUUCCCUACAGAAAAAUGGUCAAAGCCGCAGUCAGAGAUCAAAGGUUGGGACGACUGGCUUGCCAUGCAGGGAGACCUGACGCCGCGCCUCGACCCCAUUUUAAACGGUUCAAACAUGAAAGACUUGUGGACCAGCGCCGGCAGGCCUCGGCCCGACGAUGACGACCUGAAGCAGGCCCUGUGGAGGGUCUGCAGUGAGUUCUUCUCCAGGCCGAUGACGAUCGCCUGGGGGAUGAGGCUGUUUGGCCUCAACCCUUACUCCAGACCUCUCACCAUUCACCUGGUGGGGGUGGGCCAGAGUGAGACACUGGCAGCCAGGCUGACUGACUACGACGAGCUGAACAACAUGUUCCCCGGACACCAGGGCAUCGUGAUAGUCAUGGUGGGACCGGAGGUGUUGGACGGCCCCAUCGUGAGGCCUCCUCUUAGAGAGACUGGACCCAAGGAUAGGGUCUAUAUCAGUGCCUACAAGGGGCUCUACCACCAGUUCUGGGAGGAUGUGGUGGAGAAGGAGGAAGCUGCCAAGCCAGACCUGGUGGUUGGAUUUAAUCCUGGGUUUGAUGCCAGUCAAGGCCUGGACCAAGGUUGGCUUCCGACACUUCUGCUCCUCAGGGAUUAUGAGAUUCCUUCUCUGUUCACUGCUCUCAGCGAGACGGAGAUGACCUACUCCCUGCAGAUCCUGCUGGAGCUGGAGAUGGACAUGAAGGGAAGCGGGGCCAACCCCUUUGGCUCACUGAAGCCUGAGGUGGUGGGCACGUGUCUCAACAAGCCGCCCGUCUACUGCAACUCCCACUACUUCUGUUUCCAGGGUCUGCUGGAGACUGUGGAGUUCGAGGAACCAGAGGAGACCUGAAUUAAGGAGCUAAGUGCAGAUGCACAGACACCCUGUUACCUAUUUCUACUGGACAUUUUUUUUUUUUUUUUGGACUAUGAAGUUUCAUUUUUAUAUAUAUAUACGGAGUUAUUAACGUUUAAUCCUGUAAAAAAUCACACACAGGUGUUGGAAUACUUGUGUUUUACUUGUAAUUAAAAAGCUAGUGUGCUAUUACUUAGUGGGUACAUGUGCACAUGCAACAUUUGCAUUCGCUAUCUCAGUUUCUCGCAACUGCCACGCUUGUGAAAUUUGCAUAUAUUGUCUGUGACCUUAUGCUAUGUUUGCAGAAAGGCAAUAAAACUUUGUAGCAAUA